CUAUAUCAAAAUGACCUCAACCACCACCACCGCCAAAACCACCCCCCCAAUCCCCUCCGGCCCAACCACCACCUCCCUCAUCUUCUACUCUCCCCCCUCCGACUCCUCGCCUCCCUUCAACUACGUCGAGGCCCCUCCCCCAGGCCUCCCCCAGCGCAACUACAACGAAGAAACCCACCGCGUGCCCCUGACCGACAUCCGCGCCCACGACCUCUCGCAAUACAGCCUCUCGACCUCCGCCUUCUCCGUCCUCCAAUCCAUCCCGACGCUCACCACACGGGAAACCUUCAACUCCGACCCCCUGGUCAAAGCCCACUACUACCCGGAAGUCACCUCGCUGUUGAAAGACUACCUCUCCGCCGCCGACGGCACCUCGCCCGAGAACAUCGAGGUGAUCCUCUUCGACCACACCAUCCGGCUCUCUUCCCCAGACGCCCCCCGCGCCCCCGUCCACCGCGCCCACGUCGACCAGACCCGCUUCGCCGCCUCCGAGCGCGUCAAGCUGCACGUCACGGACCCUGCGCUUCGCGAGGCCGCACUCUCCGGCUCCCUCCGCUACCGAAUCAUCAACGUCUGGCGCCCGCUGAACGGACCCGUGGAAUCGAACCCGCUGGCGUUCGCGCACGCCCAGUCCAUCGACCCCGAGACGGACCUCGUGGCCGUUCAGCAUCGGUAUCCGCACCGGGUGGGCGAGACCAUGGGGGUGAAGUAUCGGGAGGGCCAGCGGUGGAUGUAUCUGUCUGGGAUGACGGGCGAGGAGAGGUUGUUGCUGCAGUGUUCGGAUAGUUGGGCGGGGAAGGACGGGAGAAGCGAGAGGGUUGUGGUGCCGCAUAGUGCGUUUUGGGAUGAGAAGACCCCUGAGGGGGCCAGGGGGAGGGAGAGUAUCGAGGUUAGGGCGUUGGUUCUGGGGUGAGGACUCUUUGGGGGUUUGGUCUUUUAUGUAAUAUGUUGGGAUGUAAACAGAUAUCGAUCGGAAUUAAUGACUUAUGCUAGAAGGAUG